CAAGAUCUGCAUCCAAAAAAACUUCUUUUCUUCUUACGCUGGAAUUAUCUUUGAACAAACAAUAAACUAAAGAGAUGAAAUCUGAGGGUGUUCUAGUGUGAGAAACUUGCCAGCAAAGCUAAGAGACACAUUCAUUGCAGCCUUAAAUUUAUGGAUUAUCGCUUUACACUUAUAAAUAUUUUUCCUUCAUCUUCUUAAUAGUGGCAAGAGAGUAUCUCAUUCUCAAAGCUUGUGGAAGCACCAUCAGUACCAUUAUUGAAGAUGAAAAGAAGAAGAAUGUCGGAAGCGAUUGCGAUUUGUGAGGAAAGAAAGAUUGGAGGAAGGAAGGUGAUGGUUUUGGUGUUUUUGGUUAAGGCUAAUAAUGAACUUAAUUUUGCACAAUUAAAUCCUGCUUAAAAAGAAUAUGUUUUGAUAGACGAUCCUCAAAGAGAAGUCACGAAUACAUCCAGUAUAGUCAAACUGAUCAGCUCUCAGCUCACUCAAUCGGCAAUAAAGCACCAAGAAUUUUUAUUUUAUUUAUAUUGAGUGGUGCAGUAAAUUUUCUCUCUAAUCAAAAUCAUUGAGUCAAGUACAC